AUGGGCAACCGAACGCAGGCGCGACCGCCGCGGCUGCCUGCCUCUGCCCGGCGCAUCAUCCCCGCGAUCGUCUUUGUGCAGCACUUGAUCUCGGCGCUGUACUUUACGGUUCUCUCGCUGCUCUACUACAACGCAUCAGAUGUCGAUGUCAUGGUCCUGCAGGGUAGCUACAUGCACCUCUCGGCCGGCGUCUUUCUCUGCAUUGGCGCCCUCCACGUCUACGCUCUAGUGCGCAACGCGUGUCGGCGGCGACGGCGGUACCAGCUCCUCACUCGCUUUACCCCGCCGUGGACGACGCUCCUCUCCCCCAACUCGUACAUCCUUCUAUCGCAUUUCGUGGAGGUGGGUUGCGAGAGCUACUUUGCCUACCUCCUCGCCGACUCGAUCGUGCAGCAGCACGUCUCGUUCUUGUAUGCGAUCGUGCUGAGCGCCAACUGCCUCGUGACGCCGUGGGUCGUCUUUGUAUCGGACGUGCGUCUCAAGACGCUGCUGCUCGAUGCCAUCGACUGCUUUGCUGGCUUUCUCCUCGGCACGUGCUUUCCGCUCGUGUAUUUUCUGCUACCGCUGCUGCACUACAGCUUCUUCGGCAACGGGUUUGAAGACAACGACUUUGCGUGGCACGUGCGCUUCAUUCCACCGGCGCGGCUGCUCGUCACGUCGUCGGUGGCGCACCUCUUUCUUCUCGCGACGCCCAGCGUUGUAACAUGGUGCACGCUUCGGCGCGUCACCCGCGUCGUCAACACGACGUGGCGAAAGCGACCGCGGAUGUCGGUGGCGCCUACGCGCUUGUAUGUGUCGCCGGUGCUCCUGCAGUCGCUCUCGACCAUCAACGCGGUCAGCGAGCGGCCACGGACUCUCCGCACCCUCGUCCUUGUGUACAGUCUUUGGGGACUUGUCGUCGCAGGCAUGUCAGUGCACGCGACCUUUCUACGGCCGCCGAGCUGCCCGAGCGGCUGCGCGUAUGCAGCGGCUCCGUGGUUUGAUGCGUCGUGCCAUUGUCUCUACUUUAAGCUCAACUGCGUCGCUCACGAGAUUGCCAACAGCACACAAAUAGACACAUAUCUCGAAGGCCUUGGCGCGCGCGUCUUGUAUCUGCAUAUACAGCAGUGCGACAUGCCGAUGGGCCUCACGGAAGCGACGCUGCGGCAAUUUCCCAGCCUCUAUGCGCUCCGUCUCGAGAUGACGCAGCUCCGCGCCUGGAACGUUCCGAGCGCGGCGCUUCCGUCGACGCUGAUGCGGUUUGAGGUGCGGUACAGUGCGCUGGCGACGGUGCCGCAGAUCCUGUACGACCCCGCCGCGAGCCUCAAGUGGGUCUACCUCAUUGGCUCGCAGCUCCACGACGUGCCUGACGAUGUACGGUGGCGAAAUCUGAUUUCGAUCUGGCUAAGCGAAGGCACGUUUACGCGUGUGCCACCGCACAUUCUGCGCUUGAACCAGAUAGAGGUUCUGGCGAUGGACCGCAACCAGAUCGAUUCACUCCCAGACACCAUGGCGACGAGUCUCCCUAGUCUCUUGUGGCUCUACAUGGAGAGUAAUGCGCUCACGAGCUUUCCGGCGUCGCUGGUGACACCGAGGCGUCACUUGUACUUUGGUGGCAACCCAAUUGCAGAGAUUCCAAGCAACAGCUCGAGCGCCCGCCUCCAUAUGGCCGGCUCUACCUACUGCAGUGCGCAAGGAGCUCAUGGCGUCGGCUGUCACACGCUCUGCGCCCCUGGCUGCUCGGCGAUGCUGCUCCAAAACUACCUCUGUGACCGUCCGUGCAACGUCUCGGCGUGCGCGUACGACGCCGGCGACUGUCUCUGGCAAUAA